AUGAAUAAAGAAGCUGAAAAAAAUAAAGAGUCGCGGCGCGCCAAUAACAAAACAGACAGCGAUGCAAUUCCCAGUCAACAUCUCCCAUAUCCACAUGCACCAUCAAAGAAGGAUCAUGCUAGGAAGUAUGCAAGGUUUAUGGAAAUCUUUAAGCAAUUACAGAUCAACAUUCCAUUCUCCGAAGCCAUUAAUCAAAUGCCAAAGUAUGCGAAGUUUAUGAAGGAUAUCUUGACAAAGAAGAAGAGACCAAAAGAGGAAGAAGUAGUUGUACUUGAUGCUCAGUGUAGUGCUAUAGUCUCUCGUCUCCCCCAAAAAGCAAGAGAUCCAGGGCGAGUCACGCUACCAGUCACAGUUGGUAACCAACACAUUGGUAAUAGAUUAAUAGAUUUAGGGUCAAGCAUCAAUUUAAUUCCUCUAUCAAUAGUGAAGAGAUUGGGAAAUAUUGAGAUGAAGUCCACCCGAAUGACCUUGCAGCUGGCAGAUAAAUCCACCACCCUUCCUUAUGGAGUCGCACAAGACAUAGUCCAAGACGAAGAGGUAUGCUUUAAUCUUUUCGAGGCCAUGAAACAACCUAAGGAUAAACGCGACUGCUUCCGGCUAGAUGUCACCGAAGAGACAACAAUAGAGGUGGCUAGUGAGAUACAUCUGUCUAAUCCGUUAGAAAGAUCCCUUGUUGAUUCGUUUAAUGUGCUGACUCAAGAGGAAGAACGGGAAAUCGAAGGAUUCGUGAAGGAAAUGGAAAAGGGAGGAAGCAUGAAUGACAAGGAUGAGAAAGUAGAAAUAUUGGACCCACCAAAAGAGGUUGCAAAGGUGUUGGAAAAGUGCGGAAUCAAGCAUAAAAUUGCUUCACCUUACCACCCUCAGACUAACGGGCAGGCAGAAAUCUCAAACAGAGCAAUAAAAAAUAUACUAGAGAAGAUUGUGUCGGUAUAUAGGAAAUAUUGGUCCGCUCAGAUUGAUGAUUCUCUUUGGGCAUACAGAACAACAUACAAAGCACCCAUUGGUGCAUCACCUUUCCAAAUGGUUUAUGGUAAGGCAUGUCAUCUUCCUGUAGAAAUAGAGCACAAAGCUUUGUGGGCUCUAUGUUUCUUUAAUAGAGAUGACAGCCUAGCAUUCAAGAAAAGGAAGGAACAAAUCCACGAGCUAGAAGAGUUCAGGCUAGGAAUUUUCUCAGAUAAACUAAAAUCUAAAUGGUCAGGACCAUUCAUGGUCAAGGAAGUAAAACCAUAUGGAGCCAUUGUCAUUGAAGAUAGUAAAACCAAAGAGAGUUGGACGGUCAAUGGAGAAAGAUUGAAAGUUUAUCUUGGAGGAGAAUUUGAUCAGGAAGUGUGCAUUCUCGAACUUCUGAAUAUGUAA